AAAUUCCAACAAGACCUCCAAGACCCCAAAUUACAAGAGCCACAACUACAACAAGACCCACUACAAGACCCGCAACUACAGCAAGACCCGCAACUACAGCGGGACCCACAACUACAACAAGACUUACAACUACAAGACCCACACCUACAGACCCAUAACUACAGUUAGACCCACAACUACAAGACCAACACAAACUCCAACAUCAACAGGAGUUUCUAUCUGUACUCCUUCAACACCAGCACAGACACAAACCGCCAAACCAGAACCUGCUACACCAUCUCUACCUCAGACAACAGAACCCCAGCCAACAGCCAUCCUGUACACCAGCCAUCCAGACUGGAAUGACACUGUGACUUCUUCAGAUGAGCCUUGGAACAAUCACACUGAAGCCAUCCCAACACACAAGCCAAAAGUGGCCACCACUAAGGGAUUCAUGGUUGGAGUCCCCAUUGCUGUCUUGGUACUGCUGAUUCUAGCGAGCGCUGUGGCUGUGACAAGUGCUGUGGACUGCUUGAAACAAGUGACUGGAAGAAUGGGUCACCCUGUCACACUGCCAUGUACUUACAGAGUGUCUGGGAGAGUCACCACUAUGUGUUGGGGCCGACAGUUCUGUCCUCUUUCUAAAUGCUCAAAACCAAUUGUUUUUACUGAUGGACAUCAAAUUUCCUAUAGGAAGAGUGUCCAUUACAGGCUAAAGGGGGGAUGUUCAAAAGGAAAUGUAUCUUUGACCAUUGAGCAUGCUCAUGAGAGAGACAGUGGUGAGUACUGUUGUCAAGUGGAGAUCCCAGGAUGGUUCAACGAUCAGAAGCUCAAUUUCUUUUUGGAUGUUAUACCAGAAAUUCCAACAAGACCUCCAAGAAUACCCACAACUACAGUAAGAUCCACAACCACAAAGAUACCCACAACGACAAGACCCACAACUACAAGGAGACCCCAAACUACAGUAAGACCCACAACCACAAAGAUAUACACAAUGACAAGACCCACGACUACAAGGAGACCCCAAACCAAAGUAAGACCCACAACCACAAAGAUACCCACAGCUACAGGAAUUGCAGCUACAAGAUCAACAGUUACAAUAAAACCUACACCUACAGGACCCACACAAGCUCUAAGGUCAACAAGAGAUGCCAUCUCUUCUUCUCCAACACCUUCACAAGCACAGACCCCCAAACCAGGUAAAGCCCAUGUGUUCAGGGCCAAGAGGCCUUCUCAUGAGACGCUGUAG